UCGAGCACUCCAUUGCAUAGUUGGAACUUUGACGACAUCAAUUCGUAUUUGUAGGAGAGUGCAAAGAUUUCGUGCUAUAAAAACAUUUUAUUGAACCAUCUACAUUCGUUUCAUUCAAGGAUACUGCGAUAAUAUAUGUUCAUGCAUAAUAAGACAAUUAUCUACACUGUGCAUUGAUAACUUGAUAAUAUGAGGAAAUAUAUCACAGAAGGAAACAUCUUGAUCGGUCCAGAUCUGAAUUUUGAACCUACUGCAGGAGGUUUGGGAAAAGAGAUUUUCAAUGUUUUGAACUCGAACAAAGGGAAAUCUGCACAGCAUCAUUUAGAAACUGGAGAAACACUUACCUAUGAUGAGCUCCUUAUAAGAAGUGUGAGAACAGCCAUAUAUCUUUCGAAAAAAAACUUGCAAAAGGACGAUGUUGUCUGUCUAUGCUCUAUGAACAAUAUUCAUACUCUAGUGUCCUUCAUUGCCUGUAAAUUCGCAAAUGUACAAUAUGCUGCAAUGGAACCAACACUGCCUUCAGAUGACAUGAUCUACAUAAUGAAUUUACUUAAACCGAAAGUUCUGUUUGUCGCAGAAAAUUUCAUCCCGAGAAUUGAAGAAACAAUUGAUAUAUUAAAUCAUCAGUGUGAAUUGAUUUCUUUGGGACGUGGGUCAACGAAGUAUAAAAGCAUAUACCAGCUGUUUUCUCCUGUUGAUGGAGAGCAAGAUUUCAGUGCUCCUUAUGUUGAAGACAUCAAGGAUACUGCUAUUAUAGCCCUCAGCAGCGGUUCUACUGGGAAACCGAAAGGGGUGCUUUUGAGUCAUUAUUCCAUUCUGUUGAGUUUAUACAUCAUGUCUAAAGAACUACACCGAAAAGGCACUGUCCGAUUCAGCAACUUCACUGAAGAAUUCACCAUUGGAAAUAAUUCAGUAAUCAUCUAUUCGCCACCAUAUUGGUUGUCAGGAUUUAUAUUCAGCAUGAUGACAAUUUUCUGUGGUGGUUGUGUUUUUGUUGGUAAUGUAUUCGAUGCCGAGAGAGCUUGGAAGGUUUUCCAAAAAUUUCAGCCGGAUACGAUUUUUUUACCUCCUGGACAAGUAAACGAACUUUGUGCAUAUGGAUCUUCCGAGAGUCCCAUCAUGAGCGUAAGUUUUUUUGGAACAGGGGGCGGUUGUGUUACGUCUACUCAUUUGGAGCAAAUGAAAAAAUGUUUCCCAAAUACUAGAGUAACUCAAUUAUAUGGCCAGACUGAACACAGUGGACUUGCAACGGUUGUCAGUAGUAAUAUCGAAGAAGAGUUUGAGUAUGGUGAAAAAAAUUUGAAAAGUUGUGGUCGUCCGGUGGAUGGAACUAAACUGAGGGUAGUAGAUAUCGAUACAGAGAAAAAUUGCGGACCCAGAGAAUGUGGGGAAUUGAGAAUAAAAAGCAAAUUGCUCAUGAAAGGAUACUUCAAAAUGGACAGUAGCUCUGUUUUCGACUCAGAAGGAUGGUUCAAAACUGGAGAUUUGGUUUACUUCGACGAAAAUGGUUUCGUUUAUGUUGUUGAAAGAAUCAAGGAUCUUAUACUUUAUACGGUCUACAACAUUGCACCUUCAAUUAUCGAAAACAUCUUGAAAGAACAUCCAGCAAUCUUCGAGUGUUGUGUUCUCGGAAUACCACACUUGAAGGACAAUGAGCAUCCUAUGGCGGUAGUAGUACUAAAGAAAGGCCAUCAAGAAGGAAUAACCGAACGGGAAAUUGUUUCUUAUGUUAAUAAUCGUGUAUCUGAUGAUAGAUACAAAAUAAGAGGGGGUGUUAAAUUUGUAAAUGAAAUGCUAAGGAAUCCAACGGGAAAACUGAAGAAACUCGACAUGAAGAGAAAGAUCAGUGAAGGAAUACCAUUUUAAUAUUGCUGUUUUUCAAUGUAGAUUACUACAUUUUUUCAAACUCAAAUUAUAAAAUUUUUUUUCUAAACUGUUCUCAGUAUACAAAAUUAAUGUUGAUCAAUUAUGAAACAUGAUCAGCAUUAGAUUUUUGAAGAGGGCAUGGUAAUUGUUAUUCUACAUUCAAAUACAAAAUUUCAACCCGAUUAGAUCUGUUGUCACGGAAAUAUCGGGUAUGCAUUUUUCAGUAUUCUUCUUGAAUUUUCUAUGGUUCUGAUGAUAUGAUCAGCUUGAAAUUAUGAUUUCAUGUUCACAUUCAGUUCAAAAUUUGUUUAGCAACACAAACAUUCGAUGAAAAAAUUCUUUUUUCGAAGUUUAUCAAUUUUUUUGGUUGUUCCUAAAUCAUAUAAAGGAAAAGAUUCGAAAUUUAAAAAAAUUGAGUUCUUCGUCUUUCAUAAUUUCUUUAUUUUUCGAAAAAAUAUUCUACAAAUUGUCUUUCAAUAAAUUCUAACACAAUAUUUGAAAUAUUUGAUUUCGGAAAGUCGGUAGGUAGGUUUUUGCCCAAUUCAAAGUUGAGAAAAAAUGGUAAUGCUAUCGACUGAUAAGAAUCAACCAUCUCAAAUGGCAUGUUUCGUUGAAACUUAAAUUUGACAUAUAAUAAGAAAUGAAUAAACUUCAAAAAUAGAGUUUCUGGGAGAUCAAUAACAGGUCAGCCUUCAAUGUCAUCCUUAUAUUUCGCCCUAUUAUACUUAUCACUUAGUUUGACUUUGUUUUCAAGAAAACAUUUCAAUCAGUGGUUGUAUCUAGAGUAGUAGAAAUUAUCGGUGAAAAUAUCGAUUUCACUGUUCCAACACUUGUAACUAUCACUAUCUUCACCUGAGGAAAACCAGAAGGGGUCGGAACGUAAUCUAUAAUUUUGCCAGCAAUUGUUACUAUAAGAAUUAUAAGUUGGAAUCCAAGA